GUCAUGAGCCUCUGUCUGCUCCAUCUCAUCGAUCCUCCCAGCAACCCACAAGGAAGGAGAAGUUUCUUUACAGAUGAGGAAACUGGGGUGUUGGGCUAAAGUUGUUGAUUUGCCAGAGUCCCACAGCACUAGCUUCACAUAGAGGCAGAUGCCACACAAGCCACCCACCCAGAUGCAGAGCCAGAUUCCCUGCAUGGACUGGACGAGAGUUUCCCAGCUGGAGUUCUCUGGGCCCAGUUGCCUGUGACAUGGGGUUGGGGGUGCUCCAGAAAGUCAUGGCCACCCCUGGAGGAAGUGACUUGUGGCUGACUGCUCAAGGGGAAGUCCUGUGGCGGUGGAGUCGUCAGCAUUCAUUCAAAUAAGGUAAGUGCUUCGGCAGGGAUGAGGGAGGGGCUGAAAGGCUGGGGGUGACUGCGAUGACCUCAAGCUUGAACUGAAACCUCUGGAAGGGCAUUGUAUUCGAACUGUUUAGAUGAUUGCACGGAAUCAUCUCAUUUUUACAUCAGCAGAAGCCUAGGCUCAGAGAGGUGAAGUGAUUUUGUCUGAGGUCACACAGCACGGUAGUGAUUGGGCUGGGUCUGAGGGCCUCUCUGGGGGUGCAUCUGAGGUCUCUGUGCCUCAGGGGAGCGGGAGGAGUGGAGACUGGGGCUGUGGCCAGGCUCUUCCUAGCCUUCCUAGGUGUCUAUCUGCUCUUCAGUGUCAUCUCCACUUUCCUUUCCCUCUGUUUCUUCCUCCUCUGCCUACAACACUCUUAGUUUGUUCUAAAUGCCCCCUUGUCAGAGCUGAGGAACUUGAGGUGACAUGCUGAAGACCCUGGCUGAGGAUCCUGGUUUGACGCAUUUUUCUUGGAACCCUUGGAUGUUCCUGGGGUCCCCAGCGGGAGUUCUGCCUCAUGCCACACGUGGGUUCAGUCCUGCGGAGCCUGGACUCUGGGUUAAGAGAGGACCAUCUGCUACCGGCCCCAGCCCAGAUGAUACAGUUAGAGCCUACCCACAGCAUCCUCCCGCCUUCAGACAGUUCCAGGAACAGGGGGCCAUGGCUGCUGCGGGGUCACUGCGUGACGCGAGCACCGCAGCAUCUCAGUUUUGGAUCCUAAAAUCAACCAAAGGCAGAAUCUGACCGCUUUCCAAAGCAAUGAUCCUUUAGACUGAGAACAAAAUCGUGGAACAGCCCUUCAUUUUUCGCAUCUCAAGAAGUCACAAGGCCCAGAAUGCAAGAAAAUCGUGGCUUUUGAUGACCAGGCCUUGUCGGAAUGGCCGAGAAGUUCCUCACCCGCAACCUGGUGCAGUGGCUGCAUUUGGCUGUCAUGGAGCAGGUCUCAGUGGAGCCAGGAUUUGCUCUGUUCAAAGAUAAAAAGCACUGGAGAGGGAAGCAGCAGAUCACACGGAGUGAUCUCGAUUCUGUAGGGGCCUGUCCCCGGGGUGUUUUGCACAAGGCUCCAUGUUAAAUAAGCCUCCAUUCGAGCGCAGCCUCAGGAUAGCCAUCCUUCAUUCCCCCCAGUCACGCACCUUCCACUGCCUGGUUCUCUGGGCGCUUCCAUCUAGUGGGAGAGCCGCCUUCAGCCAAUAAUUGCACACAGGUCUGGAUGAUGCCCAGCCCCAAUCACUCCUCUAAAAGCAAGGAACUUGCUUCUGCAGAGUCAAACGGAGCUCACAUGAGGUUCCUGGAGGCACUGAGGUUUUUUUCUAGUCUCCUGUUUUGCACAGACCUUUUUCUUACUGAGCAAUUCACUAUCUGCUGGCUUCGGAAGAGGUGGAUUGGAUUUCAGGUGGGGUCACCGAGAAGCCGCCAGAUGUCCGGAUUUGGAGGCAACACAGGCCACCCAAGUGCCUGCACAGGAAAAUGUAUGCAGCUGCCACGCCACAUCAAAGGCAGGUGGUCCGGGGUGAUCCAGGUGCGAUUCCUGGCACAGGCACCAAAGUACUGUCAUCCAAAGCAUCCUCUAUCUCGGUUUCCUCAUCUCUAAAAUGGGGUUCCAUCUAACUUUUCGGGUUCUGCAAAAACUCCUGAGCAAACCACUUCACUAGCCAGGAACGCGGUAUGCCUGCCAUGCCUGGGGCAGGCAGGGCUUUCCAAUUUCCUCCCCAAGGUUUUCUGAGAAUUCAUCUGACGAUGUCUGUAAAUGUCCCUCCAUUCUCUUUCAUAGAGGAAAUGCUCACAUUAGAAGGAAGUCUCUUAUGACCAGAGCUCCCCACUUUCAAGGUAGAAUUUUGCUUGGCUCCCACAGCCCUGGGCUGGUUUCUGCACAGCCUCCCAGGGUCUUUUCCUAACCCACAAGUUGUAUUCUGCCACUGGUCUUGCCUAAUUCCCGCUAAGAGCCCCUGCAGGAAGGCACCAGGGCUCCUUCUGUCACCUGUGCUCCAUUCCCCUUCUGAAGGGCAUGUGGCAGCAGCACGGAGCAGCUUGAAGCUCCCCAGUGGGGCUGGGCUCUUCCUAAGUCCCAAACCUCCCUCUGCAUGCCCUUUCCUUUGAUUGGCUUUGCAAACUCCUCUUCAUCCUUCAGAACCCAGCUCUGUGAUCAGCCCCUCUGGGAGGCCUUCCUCGACCCCCCUGUUCCCCUGAUGACAGAUUCACUUCAUCCACAGGCUCAGUGUCAGGGACGUGGGGAACCCUGAGGCCUGUUCCUGGUCAUCCCGCAGGCCAGCGGAGUACCUCUCUCGCUUUUGGGGAGCAGGGGCACAUCCUCCUCGAUCCCGCUUCGUGGCCAGAAUCCUGUCCAUUGACCUCCCCAGCAAAGAAGUCCUGUUUCAGAAAAGCCUGCAUGAGGCAGGCUGACUGCAGGGAGGGCUGCCACAGAGCCUGGCGAUUGUGGAGACACUGUUACACUGUUUCAGGCUGAAAGCGGAGUGCAGCUGACGAGAAGGGUCUCUGGGAAGGAGGGCUCAGCACAGCCCAACUGAACGCAAUUACGAGGGUCCCCGCUUGUGUGUACAGCAGCCAGGGUUGUUCCGCGGUGGGUAGGAGGGUAUGGGGAAGGGACGGUGGUCCUGGAGGCCCCAGGGAAGGAUGGGAAGCCGUCUGUCCCAAGGAUCCUUCUGCCCUUGCUGCCACCUUCAGGAGGGAGCAGUGGCCGUGAGAAAGGAAGUGGAGACAGGGAGGGAGAGCCUGGCAGCCCGUCCUAUUCCUGCCCCAGGCGACUGGCUUGUGACAUUCAGAUAGCUCCCUGGGUCUGGUUUUUCCUGUUACUGAAAUUGCUGCUGCGUGAAAUUCUCUGGGCUAGGUCAGAAGUGGCAGCCGGGGAGUGUGCCCAUGUGUGUAAAAUGUCUCAGCUUAAAGAAACAGGAAAUUCAGGACCAACUCGAACGCUGCGGCCCACGCCUUGUUUCCUAGAAAGGAAGGGGUCGAUAACAUGGGAGGCUGGGGCCCUGCGGUGAGGACACGGAUGACACAGGAGGCUGGGGUCCCCCAAUGGGGCCGGGGAUGACACGGGAGGCUGGGGUCCCCCUUUGGGGCUGGGGAUGACCUGGGAGGCUAGUGUCCCCCACUGGGGUUGGGAAUGACAUGGGAGGUUGGGGUCCCCCACUGGGGUUGGGGAUGAGACAGGAGGCUGGGUCCCUAGUGGGGUCGGGAAUGACAGGAGGCUGGGAUCCUGCAAUGGGGUCAGGGAUGACACGGGAGGCUGGGAUCCCCCAGUGGGGUCAGGGCUUUGGUCCAGAGAGGAAUGGCCUUCUGGCCUCUGUGCUUGCCUGGGCCCAGGGCAGUCUCCUGACCCCCAGGGUCUCUUUUCCUCUCUGCUCUAAUAGAAUGUGGCCAAGAGCUUGUGCCUGCUGGCCUGGGAGGGUCUGGGUAGAGGAGGAUGAUGCUCUGCACGGAGAAACCCUGGAUGCUGGGUGCUGCCUGGUCUGGAUUUUGUCCUGAGCAAUCCUGGGGAAAUGGUCCGAGUGAAGUGAGAGCGACUCCGCGAGGGAAGACAGGUUACAGCGAGAUGAGAGCGGGCAGGGCUAGCCUCGGGGUCUGGGUCUGGGAGGUUCCUGGGACUGGCAGUGACGCAGCCAUUUUCUUCAUAGUCAAGGAAACCGAGGCCUUGAGAAGCUGGGUGCAUGGCCCACGGUCCCAGGCUCUUAGCUGCUUGACACCUGCACCAGAAUAUAGGUCCCAACACGUGGCCACUUUUCCAGUAGGUGGUCCAAGAUGUCCCCAGUCUGAAUUCUAGGGCUGGGCACUUGGCCAGCUCCCACAUCCUCCUCUCCCUUAGGGAGAAGUGCAGUGGUCCUGGGGCCACUCCACACUGGGGCGUCUGGGCUGGAAGUCACCCCAGGAAGCACCUGUGGGUCUGGCUAAUCAGGGCCCGAUGAAGGACACACACUUCUAACUCCCAAGGCCCUCAGAAUAACUGGGUCUGGUUUCCUGGGUCUGGCUUCCUGGAUCCAGCUGAACAGGUCUUGAGCUGGGGCUGUUUGGGAGAUCUCGGUUUCUGUCUGCAUCUCCUCGUCUGUUCAAAGGAGCAGUGGUUUGGGUGUCCC